AUGUAGCUCCGGCGGCGACACGCAGGUCGUGAUGGGGCCAUGAUCCGCUCGCGGAGCGAUCUGGCGCGGCCACGAAGAAGAGCUGAUUCGCUUGUAGCCGGGAGAUCCCAUUACCGGGGGCACACGCUUUAAAAUGGUCGGAACAAUAGCGUGAGAAGCGGCGGGCCAGCGCUUUCCCCCCCAAAAAAAAGCAAUCCAACCUGGCUGUUUGCUGUAACUCAGAGCGGAUUCACCGGCCAAAUGGAAAUGGAGAAGAAAAGGUGGGAUUGCUCUGCUCUCCCCAAAGGCUGGAAAAUGGAAGAAGUGACCAGAAAGUCGGGUUUGUCGGCAGGAAAAAGCGAUGUCUAUUAUUUUAGCAGAGGAGAAGAGCAAGAUGAGGAGCAGAGGCAAGACAGGGGGGAGGCGGGUCGGUUGUAUAGUCUGUGUCCAUCUGGGAAGAAGUUCAGGAGCAAGCCUCAGCUGGCCCGUUAUCUCGGCAACCAGAUGGACCUCAGCUCCUUCGACUUUCGCACGGGCAAGAUGCUGAUGAGCAAGCUGAACAAGAGCCGCCAGCGACUGCGAUACGAAAACAACAACCAGAACAAGGGCAAACCUGACUUAAACACGUCGCUGCCGGUCAGACAGACGGCCUCCAUCUUCAAGCAGCCCGUCACAAAGGUUACCAAUCAUCCCAACAACAAAGUGAAGACGGAUCCCCAGAAAGCCGUUGAUCAGCCCCGGCAGCUCUUUUGGGAGAAGAAACUGAGCGGCCUCAAUGCGUACGACAUCGCGGAGGAGCUGGUGAAGACCAUGGAGCUGCCUAAAGGCCUACAGGGUGUCGGCCCGGGCUGCACGGACAAGACUCUGCUGUCGGCCAUAGCGAGCGCCCUGCACACCAGCGCCGCGCCGAUCACGGGCCAGCUGUCUGCGGCGGUGGAGAAGAACCCGGGAGUGUGGCUGAACACCGCCCAGCCGCUGUGCAAGGCCUUCAUAGUCACAGACGAGGACAUCCGGAAACAGGAGGAGCUGGUCUACAGCGUCAGGAAGAGGCUGGAGGAGGCGCUCAUGGCCGACAUGCUGGCCCACGUCGAGGAGGCCGGCGGCGAGGGAGAGCCCCUGAAGGAGGACGGCAACGGCAGCGAAGACAUGGAGACCGUAUAGCACAGGUCGGGUGAAGGCCAGACGAGCUCAUUGGACACCAGUGAGCGUGGGCUUAGGAUCUGAGGCCCAGAGGAAGCGUCCCUCAGUGUCCGUUUUAGGCGUCCUCUCACUCCACGACACCCUCAGCGGCCCUCUUACCAUCCGUCAUCAUCUCCAUUAAAUAAACGGGACUCCGCGACUGUAUUUAUGAGCUCAGAUGAUUUUUAAUUAGGAAGAAGACAACUAUGAAUGACUUAAAUAUAUUCAAUAUAAUUUCCUUACAUCGUGUCAACACGAGUGUUUUGGUGUCAAAUGUGUUUUUUUUUUUUUUUUUUUUGCUAAAAAAAAAAGGUUUUGGAUGGGUUUGUAUUUCGUCUGCGACAAUCAUGUCGGACCCAAAGGUUUUGGAGUGAGCAAGGCAGCCGGUGUGUCUGCGCCGUUUUUAUUUCAGGCACCUUUUGUGAGGCGAAUGUUUUCUGUACUGUACUGCAUCCGUUUGGGGAGAUUUCCCAUGAAACUUUCCCAGCUUCUGUCGUUUUAAUUUGUUUCAUAUUUAAAUGUAUUGUGAAAGUCAUGCUCAGCGUUGGCUUGACAUGGGAGGGUGUUUUUAAAAUGUGUAUUGUUUUUUCGUUUUUUUUUUUUUUGCUUUCAGAGAGUAUAAUGGUUUGGCUUUGGUUGUUUUUCUUUCCCAUCACUAAUCAGGGUGCUUAGAAAUGUUCAACAGUGCUUGGUACAUUUUGUUAGGCUUUUUUUUUUUUUGGGUGUGUGUUUUAUUGUCACACUUGCUGCCUCCUUUAGAAUUUCACGCACAAACGGGUGUCAGCAGGUGGGAUGGUUUUUAUCCACCGUUUUUCUGAGGAGGAAUGACUUUACAGUUGUUGUCCUGGCUCCAGACAUCCAGCUGAAAUCAUGAAAUCCCCCCAACAUGAGCAGGCUGACUGCUGAAUGAGUUUUUGUUACUUAUUAAAAUCUGUCAUUAUGUUACCAAA